AUGACAGGAAUUACGAUCCAAUACGGUGACGGAAAUCGUAACAUAUACCAAUCUUAUAACAACAAUUCAAAUAAUUAUAGAGGUAGUGACAAUAAUCAGAGAAAGAAAAUACAAUAUAACAACAACUCAAAUAAUUAUAGAGGUAGCGACAACAAUAAUAGAAAGCAAAUACAAUACAACAACAGUGAUUAUAAUAUGAAUAUUGAAGAAAUUAUUGAAGAGAAAGUCGACUCUACAAAGAACAAAGAUGAUAACGAUUUUAAUGUUAACAACUUAUCUGGGGACAUGCUCAAUGAUAAAGAUAUUGCAUUUAUGACUACUUUAAAAGUGAACGAUAUUGUUACAUGUAUGCAAGUCGACACAGGCUCAAAACAUACUAUUAUUAUACCUCAUGGUCUGGCUAAAAAACUUGGUAUUAAAGAUGUUAAGAAAUCCGAGUUACAACUUACCGCUUAUGACGGAAAUUUAAUCAAGAUCAUCGGCAUCACUCAAGUUAAAGUGACUUAUGAAGGUAUCUCAAAAUAUGUACAAGCGGUAGUCGUUGAAUCAACAAAUGUUGACACUAAUUACGAAGAUGAAAUAAAAAAAUUGAUUAAAGAAUGUGAAUCUAAAUUGACAAAUGGGCCAAUCAACAAAGCAAGUGUUAAGUUACAUUUAAGAAGAGAUGCCCAACCUAAAAUUAUACCGCCUAGAUGUAUUCCUUAUUAA